GCCGUCCAACGGUCCGUCGUGACGUCACUACGUUGGCCGCACCCCUAAGCGCGACGUGACGUCGGGUGUCCGCCGACAGUGGCCUCGUGACGUCGCGGCGAGGCGGGCUUGUUGUUGUUUGGGUCCCACGUGCUCGCGGAGGCGGAGUAGGAGGAGGGAGGCCGCCGCCGCCGACGUCGUCGCAUCCCUCCGGGCCCCGUCUCUUUGUCUCGGCGCGCAGCCGCCGCCGCCACUGCCUCCGCCUCCGCUGAACACAGUCACGUUCUCAACGAUCGCUCAGCAGCGGCAGCGAGCAACAGCAAGCAAGCAGCAACAACAACAGUCGCAGCAGCAACUAUAACAGCGGCAAGCAGCAACAAGAGCAGCAGCAACAACAACAGCAGCAAUAACAGCGGCAAGCAGCAACAACAACAACACGAGUAAGCAAGCGCAAUGCCGUGCGACGACGAGGACGGCGGCAGCGGCAGCAGCGGCGGCGGCAGCAGCGGCGGCGGCGACAACGUGGACGAGCUGGCGACCCGCAUGGCGGAGUCGCUGCGGCUGAAGAUGCCGCGCAGGGCGGCCGCGGCUCAGCGAGCCCGCGCCGCCCCUUACCCGGCUCGCCGCGAGCCUCCUCCUCCUGCACCCUCCCUCGCCGGGGGUGUCGUCGGCUCGGCUGGGGCCUCCCUCGGGGGUCCUCCGGGGUCGGCGUCCCCCGGCCGCCCCGAGGAGGAGCCGACGCCCCCGCCGCUGUGCGAACCCCGCGAUGUCCUCCACGAGUUGCUGAUGAGCGGCAAUUUGAUCAAAGAGGCGGUGAACCGGCUCCGCGCCACGUGUCGCGCGUGAAGGAUGCAGGCGAGAACGGAGCUGUCGAGGUGGCAGAUACGGAACGCCUGGGACAUGCAAUAUUUUUUUUGUAAACAGCCGUCCGAAGAAGGGAGCACCGCAUCGUCGGGACACGUUGGUUCUCAGGCACGAGAGGCUCCUGCAAAGCGAUUGGACCAAGUGCCACAACUGUGUGAUUUGUUUUUUAAAUGCAAUGUUUAAGAAGACCUUGCAAGCCAUCUUGUCAACAGCACUGCCUGGACACCCGUGGCCGAGAAUGCGCCCAAGACGUCGAGCGGACCGUAUACGCCUCGCGCGUUCCCGCAGCACAUUCCGCACAGCGCAAGUGCACGUUGAAGUCUGAGAACUGCAGACACGAAUGGUCCAGAAGGCACCGAUGUUUCGCCGUCAUGAUCAGUAUUUUUUUUACCAUCAUAAAUAUCACCACGACCAAUCCACUGCCGAAUGAACGCCUCUCCAAUCCGUCACCAUCUCAAUGUUCUGUGAUGUAACAAUCUGGUAUCUUAACUGUAUUUUAAAAGCACUCUUUGGGCGAUUGGUCGCUUCUGUGGCACCCGGUGUGUGGAACUCUCUGUACAACUCCCUCCCCCCCCCCCACUGUCAUUGAUAUAUAACACGCCUUGAGAUUCUAUGAAAGGCGUUAUGUGAGCCGGUAACUAUUCUAAAAUGUACCGACAACGAGGGGUUGGUUACGUUGUAGGCCGCGAUGAAAAGUACAGCAAAAUCCUCUGUUGUGACCCACUACUACUACGCUCCCACAUUCAUGCCCCUCUCCCGCCUUCACCAACCCGCACACUCGCCGUACGGUGAAAUAACCCCCGGUCACGAGCUGCGCGGCAUGGGGAAGGCCUCAUCCAGCUGCGGAUUCGCAAAAGUGCCGCGCGCGUACGCUCACGGCACUUGGCUUAGCCGAGCGCACGCCACGAAGGGACUACAUGCUGCAGCGGGGCAAAACAUUUCGGCAAGUGUACGGGCAGUUGUACGCACGUUAUUGGGGCGCCAUGGUGGCUUUAAGAUGUUGACCCCCCCCCUCGCCUGGUAUGCAAGGAGGUCGUGGGUCCGAUCCCGACCCUGACGCCUGCCGUAUAUUUGGAGUUUGCGUGUUCUCCCCCUGGUUGCGUGGAUUUUUCUCCGAAACAUACGUAGACGGUUGCUAUAAAUUGUCCACGUGGUGAGCCACGUCGUUGAGCUAUCGUUUUCGGUAGCCAGGUAGCCUCUGGAAAAGACCUAUAUAGCUCAAGUGGGCCUUACCUGGUAAAAUAAAAAUAGUAAAAAAAAUUAGUAUCAGCCGUUUGCCGUUUUCAGCCUUAAGAAAUGGGGCCUAUGUUGUGGGCUUUCUCGAGGCGACGGAGCUAGUACUUUUAGCACCCGCAGGUACACUCGCGAAUUAUAUAUUCGUUUUAAUUUGGGGGUUCUGACCUCGCUAGAAUGGCAGUAAUUAACGUGUGAAUGUUUAGGAGUCUUUUACUGUUACCGAUCGACCAACGGGGUCAUGUCGUCUCUGUCGCCAGUGAUGUGCAUUGUCGCGCCGUGCCAGCGGGCAUAUUUUACGGUGUAACUUAGUCUUGUGAUGUCAUACCAUUGUUGUGAAGCACAGUUUCAAGGCUUGUAUCGUCAUACCUGCUUGUUAGACCACGGCAGCACUGAACUUCGAACGUUGACAACCCCAGCGAUCUGAUAAUGCGAUUCCGGCCGAGCGAUUCGAGUCGAGGAUUGAUUCUCUUCCGUGUUGGGUUUUUUUUACCACCUCGGUCUUCUAUGUACAAUAGCAUGUAAUUUUUUUUGUUACCCACAGAAUUUGCUCACGUCGUAAAUACUCUAUUCUUACGCGGUACAGUUGUGUAUAAUUGAAAUGAUGCACAUGCCUAAGAGACACCGAGCGGUCAGCAGUAAGGAAAAACACCGUCGCCAGAACUUUCCCAUCUCUCCCAACUCUCUCUCAUUCGUCGUCCCGUUGACUCCCCGUCCCCUCUCUCCAAAACGUUUUGGUUUCCGCUGCCUCUGAAACGUAACGCAGCCCAGGGCUCCUCCUCGGUUCCUUUCCGCGCUUGCAGGUGCAGGCCGCAUGGGAGAGGGAUGCGUCCGGGUCGUAACCGAAGCGCCUGCGUCGUCGCUGAGACCUUUACAAGAACAACGACAACGAAAAACCAUUCCGAACUCUGCAGGGAAAGCUACGUUUUGAGACGUUUUGUAUCGAAUUUUUUUUACUCGUGUAAUUUAACUGAACGUUGCUGUACUUAUUUUUCCCAGUACAGGAUUUGCACUACAUGCAAAUCGCCACUUACGACACGGUGCGUACUGUUAUUGUGUUUUAGCGUUACUAUCAAUAAUAAUAAUAAUAAGUGUUUAUUUAAAGUAAAGUGAAACGAUGGAUUUCGAAA